AUGGCAUCCAAAGCGGCGGCGAAGCGCCUGGCCAAAGAGGCUGCGCUGAUGGAAAAAGACCCGCCGCCUUUUUGCUAUGCUCGUCCGCGUGAAGACAAUGUACUUGAGUGGCACUUUAUAUUGCGCGGUCCGCCGGGCACGUCGUACGAGGGUGGAGAGUACUGGGGCCAGCUGCUCUUUCCGUCCGACUAUCCGUUCAAGCCACCGGGUAUCAAAGUUCAGACGCCCAGUGGGCGUUUUGCGCCAGAUCAGAAAAUAUGUACGUCUAUGAGCGAUUACCAUCCCGGCAGCUGGAACCCCGCAUGGUCCGUCGCCGGUAUCCUGGUAGGUCUGCUGUCGUUCAUGUGCACGGACGAGAUGACGGCAGGCUCGGUCAUGGCCACGCAUCGCGAGCGCCAAUUGCUUGCAGCCAAGUCGCAUUCAUUCAACGUGGCGCAGCGCCGCUUUGUGCAGCUCUUUCCCGACUACGCAGGACCCGAGGCGCGGAAUGUGCCGAAUAUGACGCAGGCUGCGAAGCCUCCCACACCGGCAACGCCCGUGUCGCCAGCCCCGCCCGCGGCAGCUCCGCCGCCGCCGCCGCCGUCCAGCUCCUGGAACAUAGGCAUCAUGGCCACCGUCGUGCUGACAUGCUUGUUCGCAGCAAAGCUCUUUGACAUGUGGGGCCGCGCAUAA